AUGAGCAGCCAGGAACAGCAACAGGCACAAGUGACUGCAGCGCAAGUGAUGCAGGAGCUUGUGAAUCUGAGAAACGAACUCACAAGGCAACGCGAAGAGAAUGAUCGGCUAAGGGCCGAGCAAAGCACAGCACUUGAGCGAGUGCGGCAAGAGAGUGCAGCUCAAGUUGCGGAAGUGCGAGCACAAGCGCAUACGGCAGUGCAGCAGGCGACGGCUCAGAUGGGCACGAUGCCACAGUUGGUGAGCGACAUGGUCAAGUCGAACAAGGAACUGGUUGAGGCCAUGGCAAAGAAAGGAGGACCAAACGAGAAGCUCUGUUUGGUCGACACAAAGGGCCUGGGAAAGCCGACGACCUUCUCAGGUGAGAGUGAACAGUUCCUACCAUGGAGGCAUCGAAUGUCGAGCUACGUUUGUUCGAUCCACCAUGAUCUGCAAGAAGUUCUAGAGUGGCUCGAAGAGAGGGAGAAGCCAUUCUCCUCGGAGGAGUUGGACACAGCCUUUGGAGAAAAGGCGUUGGAGGCGGAUCGAGUUCCCAGACUGCAAGAAAAGUCGAGGGAGCUCGCGAACGCGCUCCAAAUGGUUACCUCGAAGGAACCAUUUACGAUCGUGUGCAAUUGCCAGAACAACGGGUUCGAGGCAUGGAGACGCCUUACGAGGCGAUACGAUCCUGCGACUGCAAGCAGGAAGCGCACGAUGUUGAGAGCGAUUAUAUCGCCCCAGAAGCAGAAGCUGGAGAAUCUCCCUCAGGCCAUCGAAGAAUGGGCCGACGCUGUGCGCACUUACGAGAAGCGCAAGGACAGCACAGGGCGACGAACGACCCUGGCUGAUGAGAUAAAGAUGGCAGCACUGGAGGCAAUGUUGCCACAGGAGCUGGAGUCUCACAUCCAGUUGAACCAGAGCCGGUUCUCCACGUACGACGACGUGCUCGACGAGGUGACUCGCUUCAUCGAGUACAAGACAGGAAAGAGUCUGAAGGUGAUUUCUGCAGCCGCAGCCAGUGCGGCGAGCAAGGAUGAUCCUAUGGACCUGUCGUAUGUGGAGAAAGGCAAAGGAAAAGGAGCAAGCAAGGUCGUGUGCCACAACUGCGGCAGGAGCGGACACUAUGCCCGCGACUGCUGGAGCAAUGGAGGCAAAGGUUCGCAGCAGCAACGGGGCUCACCCAAAGGAGAAGGAAACCAGGACGAGAACUGGCAGGAAGGAGAAGAGGAUGAAGGCUGGGAAGACGGAGACUGGGGAGAAACCUGGGAGGACGGUUGGGAGGAAGCAGAAACAAACAACCUCUACGUGGGAGCGUUAGAAAGAGAGAGCCCGAAGAGAGAGAAAGAGAAGAAGGAGAAAGAGUCGAAGCCAGACCCCGGCAGUCGUGGCUCAAGUAGGGAAGAGGGCUCCGGCCCGACCGUGCUUGGGGCCAUGGCGCCAAAGAACCCGAAAAGGAAGGUUCCUCCAAAGGAGGAAAAAGACGAGGAUGAAAAGGAGCUGGAAGCUCUGGAAGAGCAAAUGGACAGAGCAAGGGGUCAGUUCCAAGACCUGAAGGAAAAGGUGGAACUUGCGAGGAGACGUCGCCAGGAAAGACUUCUUCAGGAAGCGGAAGAGCUGGCAGAAGCCAGGAGACGUUCCCGCGGCGAGGUGCCAGGGCAGUCCAGCUUCGGAGCGUUUUCGUCUUCGUCGCGAGGACCUCCGGAGAGAGUGCGCGAGCCAAAGGCCGGAAAGAAAGAGGAGAAGAAGGAGGUGAGGUCUAAGGCUUUGGACACGGCACCCUGGAAGCGCGUUUCGCGCUACCGGGAGCCACCAGUGCCUGAGCCCAGGAGUCCGGCGUCUUGGGCAGGAAUGCGCUUCAGGGAACGUGUGGCCCACCAAGAUGCCAUACGAGACAAGAAGCCCAGAGGCACCGUCGGGGAGUCCUUACUGAAGAAGCAAGGCGAGGCCUGCUCCACCUGCGUGUCGAGGCGACUGAAGUUCAGGAGCAAAGCGUCCCUUCUGCUGAAGAAGAGGAUGAAAGAGUACAAGGCAGCAGCUGCAAAAGCAGCGGGCUCCCACUACGCCAGGAAAGUUUUCGAAAGAGAAAAGCUUGUGAGGGCCGACAGGCCCAGCAAGGCUGAACUGAGGAGCGCAAAGGUAGCCGAGAAGGUGAAGCAAAGGGAGGAAGAAGCCGCUGGUGAAGAAGAAGAAGAAGACAAGUUUUCCUUGGAGCCGGAGAGCUCCGAGGACGAAAGCGACUUCGAGGAUGACCCUCCAAGCGAGGGGCCCGAGGAGCCCAAGAAGGAAGAAAAGAAGAAGCCACCAAAGCAGGAAGAAGGAACCGAAGGAGCAACCGCGAUCACGGCAAGCACCUCGAGCAGCAUGCAGAGGAUGCUAGCGUCGGGUCUUAUGGAGACCAACCGUGCGAACCUCGCGGUCUUGGACCAGAGGAUCGCGACAAAGAAAGAGAAGCUCGAGGGACGCGGCAGUGACCCAGAGCUGGAAGCCGAGAUCGCGAGCCUGGAAGACGAGCGGAAGCGCCUGAAAGAGGAGCGCGAGCGCCUUAGGGCGCAGCAAGCGGGCGUGAAGAACAAGGAGCCCGAACACCGCAGAGGCCGGUCGGUGCACGACGUGCGCUACAAACGCCAAGUGGAAAAGGGAGACAGCCACUGGAAGGCUUGGCGUGCGGAAAAGGGACGAAGGAGAGCGCAAGAGCACAGACGCAGCGGUGUGGGCGAAAGAGCAAAGGAGAGGAUCGAGGCCGACAAGAAGUGGCACGCCCGACACGACGUGAAAGUGAAAAAGGGCGACUUCCGCGACAACCAGAAGGAAGAGGUCGACGGCAUCGACACGGAGGUUAUCCACAGCGAUGGGACGGAGGCCAAGCCCGAGCGGCGAAAGGACUACCGCCCCCUCACGAAAGCCGAAAGGACGAGCCACCGCGUGGAUGCCGACGACGAGGAGGAGCUCUACCGGAAGGAGCUCGAAAAGCAGGAAAGGCCGAAGGCGACCGGGCGCUACUCGGCGGACCCGUCGAUUGCGGCCGAGCAGAAGAAGAAGAGGAACCAAAAGAGAAACCAAAGGCGCAACAAGCUGAAGAGGAAGCUUGGGUCGACCUGGGAUCCAGAGCACAAAGGAAGGAAGAAGGUCAAGAAAAGCGAAGACGACGACGAAGAGACUGUGCACUGUGAAGACUACGACGACCGCCGCGACCCAAGAGGAGAAGACCCGGAGGACCCGGGCGAAGGAGGCGUGCGCCAAUCGGUGCACAGCUUCGAGACCGUGGAUGCUGCCAGCCUGGGCGCUUCGCCAGGCGUGGCUAGCGUCGAGGUCAACUUUGACACGGGAGCGGCCGUGACCGUUCUGCCUGAGAAGUACGUGACGCAGCCAAAGGACAACGGCGUCCGCUACAAGACGGCGUCAGGUGAGGCGCUGAAAGACCAAGGAAAAGCCGAGGUCACCGGCACUUUGUCGGGAGGCCGUGGGGCCACGAUCACCGGCCGAGGCGCCGGGGUCCACCGCAUACUCCUGUCAGGAGCACAGGCGUGCAAGACGCAUUUUGCGUUUCUGCACGGAACAGGAGGCUUGCUGGUCCCAAAAGGAACUGCUUUCGCUAAGGAGGCCGACGAGGCGUUGCGCCAGUUGGCUUGGAAGCACAAGGGUGUCGGAACCAAGAUGCAAGUGAAGAACGGCAUCUACGUGUUUCCUCUGCAAGACGAGAAGAAAGGAGUGAAGGGCGGAAGCAAGGGCCAAGCUGAGAUGGUUGAGGAAGCGGCCAAAAGGAAAGCCGCCGGGAAGGCAACGCUCAAGGUGUUAGCCAAGGAAAAAGGAGGCACUGAAGACGACCGCUUUGCCGAGGAGCCGGAGGCUCCAGGCGAAGAACAACAGAGGGCGAUAGUGCCGAAGAGCCCAGACCAGCCAACAGCUGACCAGAUCGCACAGCACGAAGCCUCGGGGCACGCGGUGCACCGUUCCUGGUGCGUCCACUGCCAGAGAGCGCGAAAGAUGGUGAAUCCACAUUACCGGAUUCGGAGAGCCGAACUUGAGACAUCUUUGCCGACGCUACACAUGGACUACUUCUUCCUGGGCAAAGAAAAGCAGGAAGACGACGUGAUGCCGCACCUGGUGGUUCGGUGCGACAAAACGCAGCGCACUUGGGCAACUUCGUUGCCCGAGAAAGGCACGCAUGCGUACAACGUCACGUGGUUGGCCAGCGUGAUACGCGAGGCCGGAUGGAAGAGGAUGUGUUUAUUCUCAGAUAAUGAACACGCCCUCCGUGCACUCAAACUCAAGGCCUCCGAAGAAGUCCAAAAUGUAGUGUUCGACUUGAGAGAGAGUCCUACAAGUACGGAACACGAGAAUGCGCCAUCGAACGGCAUACCCGAGGCCGCAGUGAGAGAGGUGAAGCGAAUGGUCCGAGCUAUCCUGUCGGAGCUGGAGACAAAGCUUAAGAUCGAGGUGGGCGUGGACCACCCGAUUCUCGCCUGGAUCGCGAGGCACGCAGCGUUCUUGAUGACACGUUUUCGCAUUGGCGAAGACGGGAAGUCAGCUUACGAAAGGACGCUGGGCCGACCGUGGAGGCGACCUACCAUUGUCUUUGGCGAACAGGUGAUGUUCAAGCCAGUUGGUUCGAAACACAAGCGAGGAAGCCUAGAUGCAAGAGUUUGCAUGGGACGUUACGUCGGAACUGCGUCGAGGAACGCAGACUUGCUGAUCAUGACGUCCGAGGGUAUAUCCCGGGGCCACUCCUUGCACAGGAGGCCCGAGGAUGAGAAAUGGCCUGUUGAAGGUUUCGAAGUGCUACGCGGAUUGCCUUGGAGGAUGUCCGGUCCACAAGAGCGAGCGUCGCCCAACCGAGUCGGUAUGCCCGCUCUCGAAGGCGAACAACCCGCGCCACAACACCGAGACUUCAAGGCACGCAACCUGUACGUCAUGAAGUCCGACAUUGAGCUGUACGGCUACACGCCUCAGUGUCCGGGAUGCGAUGCGCAGCUGAUGGGUCUCCCGCAGCGAGCGCACAAUGACGAGUGCAGGAUGAGAGUGCAGAGAAGACUGCAAGAAACCGACGAGGGAAAAGAAAGAGUGAAAAGGGCCCAAGAGCGAGUUGAAAAGGACUACGGAAAGCGGGUCAAAAGAGACCAACCCGCGCUGGAAGGAAGACCUGCCCCCGACGCAAUGGAUGUUGCAGCAGAGGAAGCGGCAGGCGCACCUUUGUCCAGACCAAUGGAGGUCGAGGACCGCGCCGAGCCGAAACAGCGGAAGCGCGCAGCGUCCAAGGACGUCGAGGACCUUUACCGGGAAGAGCCCAGCACGAGGGCUACCGAUGGUCCAGAUGUCGAGGUCAUUGGAGUACACGUGCAAGGGGGAGCAAGUGGCUCUGCAGGACCCGGCCUGGACCACUCACACCAACAAGCACGAGCAGAUGCAGAAAUGUACGACACAGCAACGGCGAAUCCGCCGCCAGCCAACGAGGAAGUGCGAAUGAACCUGAUUACGCGGAUGUUCGAACAAAAGGGGCUCAAGUGCAGCCCGACCGAAGCGAAGGCCAUAAACUCUAUGGUUCUACAGUUGGGAGGUAAUGGCAAUUCAGCUGUGCCCUGGAGCAUGGUGAAUGAAGGCAUUAUCUUGCCAAUGGACCAAGAGCCGCCGAUGUUCGCUCAGGCCGAGCAUUUGCGUUUCUUCGAAAAGCUGGAACAAGUGAAGCCAAAGCUUCUGGUGGGCAAGCUGCCCACUGGACCCUUCCAGUCAGUACAACGUGCUUUCGACAUGACCAACAAGAUUGGAGUCGAGACCAGACGCGGAAAUUUGAGGAAGGCCCGAUCUCAACUGGGGCUUUGCUUUGAGGCCUUCGAGGCACAGAAGGAAGCCGGAAACUACUUCCUCUAUGAGUGCCCAAGGGGAACUAAGUCCUGGGAGCAUGAACUUGCUCAAAGGAUGGGUUCGUACUUGGUUGAAGGCCCAAUGUGCAAGUGGAAAGUUGACGAAAGUGGAAAAAUGAUUGCAGGCCAAUCCGGCAAGAAGCGAACCCGCUGGAUUACUAAUUCGGCGACGGUUGCAACAGCGCUGGAAAAGCUAUGCAAGGGCAAUGCGAAGGUAUGGAACCGAACGCUAAGCUUCAAGGAGGGGAUCGUGACGGCCAAGGCCGAGUAUCCUCCGAAGCUUGAAAGAGCACUACUGGCAGGAGUGCGAGCACAACUGGUUCUGGAUGGAGAAAUGAAGGAGGUGGGCCAUGUGGGUGGACCUGACCCACACGAGGAGCCACCGCUCGAAGAGUAUCUCCAUGAUACCUUACCCAAGGCUGGGCAGCUUCACGUAAGCGAGCCCGUCAUAGACGCAAACACAGGGGCACAACUUGAUGCCAAAAAGGUUGCGGAAGCAAGAGCGUCAGAACUUGCCUGGGUGAAAAAGCAAGGUGUGUACGAGAAAGUCGAAGAGAGCGUGUGUUGGGACGAAACAGGUCGUCCGCCCAUAACCUUGAAGUGGGUAGACCGCAACAAAGGGGAUGAUGUUCGGGAAAACUACCGCAGUCGUUUGGUAGUCCGCGAGGUCAAGUCACAGGGACAAGCGGCGUUGAUACCAGACUACGCACUGUUUUCCUCAAUGCCACCUCUGGAAGGAUUGAAGAUCCUAUGCAGUCUGCUGACGACACUCAAGAGGUCAAAGAGCGGAAAGAAGCUCACGCUGAAGCUGACAGACAUAUCACGUGCACACUUCUAUGGAAAAGCAGAACGACGUGUGUUUGUCACACUUCCCGAGGGAGAUGAAGCUCCCGGCUUUUGUGGUCUGUUGAAACGGACCAUGUAUGGCACCCGUGAUGCCUCAGCUGUAUGGCAGAGAUCGUACACAAGCCUGUUACGCAAGCACGGGUUUGUCGUGGGAAAAGCAUAUCCGUGUACCUUUUAUCAUGCCGAAGCCGACGUGAGAUUAUUGGUGCAUGGGGACGAUUUCCUUGUCUUGGCAGACGAAGAUGGACAUCGCUUUGUAGACAAAGUACUGUCUGAAGAGUACGAGUUCAAGUGUGAUGGCCACAUAGGACCUGAGUGUGAAAAGGACAGCAUGACUGUCCUGAACCGGGUCGUGAGCUAUGACAGCCAGACAGGAACUGUUACGUACGAAGCAGAUCCAAGGCACGCGGAAGCCCUAGUGCGCGACCUUGGACUGGAGUCUGCGAAGGCGGCCAAAACGCCAGCAGAAAAGAAAAAGGGAAGUGACCUGAAAGCGAUGCUUGAAGCACAGCCGUUGAAUGCCGAACUUCAGAAAGCAUAUCGGUCUCAUACGAUGAGGGCAGCGUUCCUUGCGCAGGACCGUCCAGACAUUGCCGAGGCUACGAAGAGCUUAGCGCGGCACAUGAAAGAACCCACAGAGUGGGCAUGGGCCGAUCUGAAGAGGCUUGUCCGCUACUUACGCGGAAAUCCACGGCUGAUCUACGAGUACCACCCGCAACGGUUCAGCAAAGAGAUUGUGAUGUACUGCGACUCAGACCACGCUGGUUGCCUCAUCACGCGGAGGUCAACCACGGGACUGGUGACAAUGCUUGGAUCGCACUGCGUGAAACACUCAAGCAACGUGCAAAGCACGAUCUCCCUCUCGAGUGGAGAGAGCGAGUUUUACGCUAUAGUUCGAGCAGGGUCAAUAGGUCUGUCGCUACAGGCGAUGCUAGAAGACUGGGGAUUAAAGGUCAGUCUGCGGAUUCGAUCUGAUUCCUCGGCGGCCCGAGGCACUACCCAGCGCCAGGGCCUGGGUCAAGCACGCCACGUGCAAACAAGAUACUUGUGGGUGCAAGAGAAAGUCGCCACGCGAGCUCUGGAGCUAGAGCGUGUAGGCACGGAGAAGAACUACUCCGACAUCUGCACCAAACCAAUGCCCGAAGUGGCAAUGCUCAAACACCUCAAGAACAUGGGAUUGCGUUUUCAUGUUGGACGAGCCGGAGCAGCCAAACGGCUCGUGUGA